CUGCUGUGGUUGUAGAUUUUUUUUUGUUUGCUUUUGGUUCUUCAUUUAUAAGGAGUCAGAAGUCAAAUGCUUUUCGGUGAUUCAGUUUUAAACCAGAUGGGCUGAACCACAGGAGGGGACGCAUUCACUCAUUCUUUGGCAAUGGAGACAAUGAAAUCUUAGAGUGUGUGUAGUCAGAGCGUCAGACUUUAUCCACCAUGCUGGCUCUGUCCAGAUAUUCCACAGCUUUGAGCUGCAGGCUUGCCCUGCGCUGCUCUGCCCUCUCCGUGAGGGGCUCUAACCCAGGCAGCCAGCCCUCCACCACAGCCAGGCCUCAGUUUCUAAGGACCCAGGCUGCCCCGUUUCACCAAAGUCAAGCCAAAGCCAGUCCAGACCCAAACAAGAUCCAUUCAGUUUUGUCCUCUGCUUCUGGGCUAGAGGGGGAGCUCUUUGAAAUGGGGAUGUGGGCUUUGGGUCUGGGUGCCGUCGGAGCUGCCCUAACCGGGAUCUUCCUGGCCAAUACGGAUCUGUGUCUUACUAAAGCUGCCAAUGCAACGCUGCAGUACCUUGAAGAGGCUGAUCUGCACUCCACCAUGGGUGAUGACAAGGUCAUCAAAGCAAAGAGCCUGUGGGAGACGAAUGGGGCUGUGGUCAUGGCUGUAAGAAGACCUGGAUGAUUUUUGUGCAGAGAGGAGGCCUCUGCGCUGUCCUCUCUGAAGCCCCAGCUGGAAGAGCUCGGGGUCCCUCUGGUUGCUGUUGUGAAAGAGGACAUCGGCACAGAGAUCCGGGACUUCAGACCGCACUUCGCUGGGGACAUCUAUAUAGAUGAACAGAAACGUUUUUACGGCCCAGUGCAGAGAAGGAUGGGAGGCCUGGGGUUCAUUCGCCUGGGAGUGUGGCAGAACUUCAUGCGAGCCUGGAGGUCUGGGUACCAGGGCAACAUGAAUGGAGAGGGCUUCGUUCUCGGAGGGGUGUUUGUCAUCGGACCAGCAGACCAGGGCAUCCUCCUGGAACACCGUGAGAAAGAGUUUGGCGAUAAGGUGGACACGGCCGAUGUUCUAGAGGCUGUUAAAAAAAUUGUACCAGUGAAAUAAUUUUCGUAGCACGCUUUUAUUAGAUCAAAACUAGAAUAGCAAAUUGAAUAUUUUUAACCUCAUGCAGAGUUUCAGUCAAAAUCUACUGAAAUAAUAAUCAUAUUGUUCUGGUAUUUAUGAAGUCUGUGUUGUUUAAUAUCAUAAGAUGCCGCUGACUUUUGCACAUGUAAUUUGCUGUUGGUUAUGAAAAUCUAGCCACCUACAAGCUAGAUUCUUGACACGGGUAUGAAAAUGUUAGGGAAUUAAAAGCAUCACUUCCUUUUAGGUACAGCAGCCAUUUAUUUAAGGUCACUUGAAAAUCAGAUGCUUUAAUCUAAUGGCUGAAUUAGAUUACAUCUGAAUAUAAUUGUGAAACAUUUGAAAUGUUGACUCUGUCUAAAAGUUUAAUUUGCUUCUACUGGUCAAGCUCUCAAACACUCCUUUGACAUAACAAGAGCGUGCGGUCUGUGUGUGAUAAUGACAACUUCACUCUAAACUCUUGGUUGAGGGGAGCAAGUUUGAUGCCCAAACACACACACGCUGCUGCUGUCGUCAUGUUGAGGACUGUUUGUGGUGCCUGAUGCAGGUGUUGCUCGCUUUUGUAUGACUGUGCGUAUGAGAGAGAAUUUUAUGCACCUGCACAUUUGCAUACCAGCUGCAGAAUAGUGAAUAAAGACCUCAUCCAGUAUCUCCAUGUUGCUAUUGUGUUUUUCUUUUUCUUUAAAUGUAAUUUGUAUAUUGGUUAAAACUUGGUCUAAUAAAACAACUUACACAGCUCUUAUGAAAGUUUUCAGAGAACUUUAGUAUUUUUUUUUUGAGUUUUGAACAUUUAAAACUUUAUCCUUGAAAGCACAAAAACAAACCCAAAAAAUUCCUCUGCAUGAUAUCAAUGCUGAUGACUGUAGAUAGUAAUUUCAGUUGGCAAAGAUUUGAACCUGGAUAUCUAAGAUUGGGUUACAUAAGUGCAUAAUUGUAAUAUCAUUUUAGCAAAUAAUAUUUAAAAAUAUUAUUAGAUUUAUGAAAAUGUUCUUGUCAGGAACCUUGGCAUUAUUAAUUACAUCAGUAAGGUCACCAGAGAAACUGGUCCAUGCUUCAUUAAAGCAGGUUAUAUUGUAAUGGUCCAUUUGUGGGACUCUCCAUCAGUACGAUGACUUCAACUGUUUCAAAAUGCAACAGCCAAGAUCCUUAUAGGUACAUGAAAAUAUAACCACAUUACCCCAUUGAAGUGAUAGCAGGAUGAACCCAUGCUACCCAUUCUUGUAAUCUGGCAGGUUAUUUUAACCAUGUCUACAUGAUGAAAUGCACUGAGCUAGCAAAGAUUUACAUUAAACCAGCUGAAUGGUGUACUUAAUAAAGUGGCCAGUGUGUAUAAACACGAGGCAAAGUCCUUUAAAUUGUCCUUGUGGUAGCUCCUAUAUACACACACACACACACACACACGCACGCACGCGUGUAUCUAUAGCUCUCUAUAUUAAUCAGUAGUCAUGCAGAGGAGCUUUUUACCACUAGGUAAGGCAAGCAACUGCUUGGGGCCCCCAGGUCAGUGGGGAUGGACCCAGAGGGCUGCCAAACUUUAGGUUACAGCAGUGGCAAAGUUAGCAGGUACACAGGGAGAGAUGUGAUCACAUAUACUUUGUUUACUCAUCUAACAGAGCAGCCUGAUCAGUCCUGCUCUGCUGACUGUGACGUGACCACAUCAUAGUGUGAAUUUUUUUUUUGAUGGUGUCAGAUUAAAGUUGUGAAUGUUCCAACCACCAAGAUUCAGUGGUUUAAGUUAGGUUAAAUGUUUAUCCUCAUAUCUGAGCUGUUCUGCUGAAAUAUUCACUUAUAUGGUGAUUAUAACCGGUGUUAAAUAUUACUGCAUGAAACAAGCAUGCUUGGGCAUUGAUGUUACACAUUUUAUUCUAUUGCUCAGAUUAAAAUACAUCCCACGUCAAGGAAAUAUACAUUUCAAAACAAUACAAAACAGAGGGAGAAAACACAAAUACUGAUAAGUCUACAUGUAUGUGAGUUGUAUGUAUAUAAAAUAACCAAAACAUUCAUGGAGUGUAGCAUGACAUGACUUUUGCAUGCGUGCCUUCAGUAUGCAAAGUUGUAAAACACUGAAAGAACUCUGUGAUCUAAAAUGUUACUGUCAAUAAAAGCAAUGGCAAAAAAAUGAAUUCCAAAAAUAAAGUGUGUGUUGGAUUUAUUUUACAUCUUCAAACUUGUAGCUUUGUAUUCAAGACAAUGGAUUUGGUGGAGAGGACCACUUGUGUUAAAAUACACAAAAAACAAACUGUUUUUGCACAAGUAUGACAAAAGGUCCAUUUGCUAAAGCUGAAACAAAAACUUUUAAAAAGCUACACACUUCCUCAGUCCUUUACCCGUUUCAUCUUUGGCUGGCUCUACAGGUGUGACAUGAUACGGUGGUAAAACACAGUCACAAGCUGGGACGAUGCAAGUUUCCAAACGUGUCUGAAUGCCGACUCAAACCCCUCAGUUUUGUUCUUAAACGUUUGUGCACCCAAAUGCGAGUAGAAAAGGAGAAAGAUGGGAAAGCUAGCAGACCACAAAUGAUUAAAAAUUAGCAGAUGCGAAGCCACAAUUCAGUCAGCAUUAUCCAGCAUGAUGAAGACUCACAAAUAUCAAUAUACACUUGUAAAAGCUCCUUUAAAACAGCAACACAAAUCCAGUUAAUUCCUACAGCAGCACAGCAAACACAUCACACAGUAGAUGCAGUCAGCAUCGUAACAAAAAGGUCUUCAGUGGCCACUGCAAACACUCCUACAUAUAGACUAUAGUAGUGAUGCCAAGUGUGAAACACUGUCCUGCAGUGCAUGUGAUCGUGUCAGUGUCUAAUUCAAGCAGGGGACUCAAACAGAAGCCUUCUGUUUACAUGGAUGAGAGGAAAGGGAGUGAAGUGUUCAUAUGAAAAGCCAAUUUCUCUCCAAAACAAGAAAGCCAAUAGUUAAAAAUACCACUACGUCCACCUUCAUUUGAGUUUCAAGUAGCAACACUCUCCUAAAGUUUGGUGAAUAAAGCUACUGAAUGUUGGAAUCGCACAUUAACACAAUCACUGUGCAUUGGUGUCUGUACAAAAAGUCCAUUGACAAGAAUACAAAUGCUGUGCGGUUAAUGCCCAACAUCUGUCCACAAGUCCACAACUAUAUCUAAGUGUCUUGAUGGAGAUGAAUUUUGGUGAUCUAUACAAUCUUACUGUGGUCACAUUUUAACCAACAUACACAAAACAUCACUUUAUACUAACACUGAAUCCGAACUGGUAAUUUGCAACAGUGAUAAAUCAAACUAUAGGAACACUCCUCUAAUCUGAUAGCUGAUUGGUCUUGAAGCAGGAGAAGCUCCUAGUCAUUUGCAAUAAAUUACAAUACAUAUACACACACACAAUCCUGUAUCAAGAGGAGAGGACAUUGUUUCCAAGUGCAUAUGUGGGGCCUUCUGAUGCAUUCACUAACAGAGGCAUACAUUUUAAUUAAAAUCUUUAAAAUCCCUCAUACAUGUGCUUCAUAGCUUCUACAUUAUAUGUGCUUUGUACAUAAAUAUAUCCAAGAAAAAUAUAAUUAUUUUUACACCACUAAGACACCAUCAUCACUAUCUAACUACACUGGAGACACUGCGUUUGGAGAGCUUGAUCAACAAUAUGAAUGACUUUUGAUCAAAGACGCUCAAACUCGGCCGGGCUGUCCACAUUAACAAAGCAGCAACAAACACUGUGCACACACAGCUACCAUGACCUAUAACCAGGAGUUUACUAUUUUGACCUGUCACACAACAUUUACCAAUGUCCUUUGGUGCAACAGGACAUCAGUGGCUCUCACGCUUUUGACAAUCAGGCUGUUUUGAUGUCUCCCAGCCCACUUCAGGUCAGGUGCAAACACUAAAAAACCCACAAACUGUGAGUUAGUAUUCACAUAACAGCAGCAAUACAUUUAAGAUCAUUUAAGAUCUUUAUCAACGAGAUCAACAGCAUUUCUUCUUCCUCAUGUACACAGACAAUAUCCUCUUUCCACCGAAUGCCACCACUUAAAAGCACAAUCACCUUCAAGAAGAAAACAAAAAACCCCAGGCUGCCACAGUACAUAUUUACACUGAUGAGAACCACAGUUUGUAGUGUUGACUGAUAUAGGAUGUGCUAUUUGCUGUAUAAAGAUCUUUGCCACAGGUGCUGAGCACCUCAUUACUUUGACUAAGAAUAUGAAGGGCAUAAGUACACUUAGAGGAGAGUAGAAGAAGGUUAGAAGCUGCACUGGGUAACAACAGGCAUGGUACAACAAAACAGGAACUUCAACAGGAGUCGGGCUAUUUAGAGCGACUUAAUAUACAGUUUUCUUGGGGCAACUCGGUUGGUGGCCUCAAGAUUUAACAUAACGGUCAGUGCGAAAUAUAUGACACUGGAAUAUACACUGGAAAGAGUGGUAGCACAAGGCCAGAAAAGACUGUUACAUUCAGAAGAAGUUACACACAUGAUCGAUAAGCAAGAGUCUUCAUUUUAGCUGAAUCAGAAAUGAACCUGAAUGCAACGCAAGAUAUUGUCGGGUCGAGGACAAAUCAGUAACUUCAUGAAUAGCCACCCAAAAGCUCAGCUGUGACCAGCGGAAGACAGAAAACACACCACAAAACAAUAAACUAAAAAAAAA